UUCUUCCAAACCAAUAAAAUCUCUCAAUUCUGCUUUGUCACCUCAACAGGGAAGUAGGCAGGACACUGAAAUACUCACCACUGGGCUGGGCUGUCGUCGCUGUGAGUUUGCACAAAGGCUGCGUCUGGUCGUCGGGUUCGCUCAGGGUUUUAACUGCCAGGUUAUCAUCUCCUUAACGGACCUGUCUGGAGGCAUCUGACCAGUCCUAAAUUCAUUCUGCAGAGAGACGACCCCAAACACACAAUCAGAGUGACAAAGAACUGUCUUCAGCUGCAACAGAGAAGAAAAUGAACCUCCCUCUCUCUCGCUCUGAGGUUUUUGGGGAACUGAGGAAGGAGCUGCACGAAGAUGAAGAGUUUCAUCAGUCUGACGUUCAUGUCUUCAUCAUCAUGGGAGCAUCGGGUGAUCUGGCUAAGAAAAAAAUCUACCCAACUUUAUGGUGGUUGUUCAGAGACGGCCUCCUACCUGAGCAGACGUACUUUGUUGGAUUUGCUCGCUCUAAUCUGUCAGUUGAUGCCCUCCGGACUGCUUGCAUGCCAUACCUGAAGGUGACAGGCACAGAAGCAGAGCGGUUGUCGGCCUUCUUCGGCAGGAACACGUACAUCAGUGGGAAAUAUGCAGAUGGGGAUUCCUUCGCCAAACUCAAUGCACACAUCGACUCUCUUCCAGGAGGCCCCGGGGCAAACCGGCUCUUCUACCUGGCCCUGCCACCCACCGUCUACCAUGAUGUUACCAAGAACAUCAAGCACCACUGCAUGAGCAUGAAGGGCUGGAACAGGGUGAUUGUAGAGAAGCCAUUUGGUCAUGACCUUCAGAGCUCUGAGGAGCUGUCCACUCACCUGUCAUCCCUGUUCACUGAAGACCAGAUCUAUCGCAUAGAUCACUAUCUGGGCAAAGAAAUGGUGCAAAACCUCAUGGUGCUCAGGUUUGGAAACCGAAUUUUUGGGCCGAUCUGGAACAGGGACAGUGUGGCCUGUGUUGUUCUCACCUUUAAGGAACCCUUUGGUACUCAAGGACGAGGAGGCUAUUUUGAUGACUUUGGCAUCAUCCGAGAUGUCAUGCAGAACCACUUGCUGCAGAUGCUCUCCCUCGUUGCCAUGGAGAAACCAGCUUCCACCAGCUCUGAUGAUGUCAGGGAUGAAAAGGUGAAGGUGCUGAAGUGUAUCGCUCCACUGUCCAUGUCGGAUGUGGUGCUGGGUCAGUACGUGGGGGAUCCUGAGGGUGAAGGAGAUGCCAAACUGAGUUAUCUGGAUGAUCCUACAGUACCCAAAGGAUCGACUCAGGCCACCUUCGCCACCGCUGUGCUGUAUGUGCACAACGAACGCUGGGAUGGUGUUCCUUUCAUCCUUCGCUGUGGAAAAGCACUGAAUGAGAGAAAAGCCGAGGUGCGGCUACAGUUCACCGACGUCCCCGGAGACAUUUUUGGAAAUCAGUGUCGCAGGAAUGAGCUGGUUGUGCGCGUGCAGCCCAACGAGGCUGUCUAUGCCAAGAUGAUGAGCAAGAAACCUGGUGUGUACUUCCACCCUGAAGAAACAGAGCUGGAUCUCACCUACAAGAGCAGAUACAAGGACGUAAAGCUUCCAGAUGCUUAUGAACGUCUGAUCCUGGAUGUCUUCUGCGGGAGCCAGAUGCAUUUUGUACGCAGUGAUGAACUAAGAGAAGCAUGGAGGAUCUUCACCCCUCUCCUUCAUCAAAUAGAAAAGGAGAAGCCCAAGCCUAUUCCGUACAAAUAUGGAAGCCGUGGCCCUCAAGAAGCAGAUGACCUCGUACAGAGAGUUGGAUUUCGUUACGAAGGCACUUACAAAUGGGUGAACCCUCACAGACUUUGAAUUGUGAUGAGACGAGGGAGGAAUAGAAGUAGGAUAGUAGAAGAGGGUGCAGCAGGGUAAGUGGUUAGAUAUAUUCCGAUAUGUGAACGGCUGUGAGGGACAAGGUGUUUCCACCAUGUGGAUCCAGCCUACAGCAAAGAAGGAAGAAGCUGUUUUUAAAAAAGUCUCAGGUUAAGAUAUUCCAUAAGGCCUGUUCAAACUUUCACAUGACAACUGUGAACUUAGUGUUUCCAUGGGCUUAUACCACAGUUAUGGUGGUAGUUUUCAUGCUUUCAUACAGUAACAGCAGUUUUUAGCUUUAAUUAGAGAUGGGGCAAAGUGCACAAAACCCAGGAAAAAAGAAUGAACAAAGAUAUUUUUGUGAACAAAUUGUCUGAACUUGCUCCUUAUCCCUGUCUUCAUUAAUUAGGUCUUAAGUUGUUUGGAUGGUAAAUGAUGUAUCAAAACACUCCAAGCUGACUUGUGUCCACACAAUAUAAACCAAAGAUGGUAACUGGACACAGAAGACGAGGAAUAGGAACAAGUGUCCACCAGCUGUCAUUCUUAAAUUACCGUGCUUUUUUUUUUUUUUUUCUUUUUUUUCCAAAUGCCAUUAUGCUUUUAAUUGCAUUAUUUGUAUUUCUGCAUUUGCUGCUCUUUUUGCCUCCUCUGCAUGGGACCAAGGACAUCAUGGUGGUUGUUAAAAAAAACAGACUGUGUAGUUUUCACAAGGUGAUUUCCUUCAAAACAUUCUUACUGCAAGUUUUAGCUGUCCCCACGGACAAGCAGAACAAGCUCCUUAUUAGUUUCGGCACUUUGAUCUUCAUUCCCUUUUGUUUACAUUUUCCAGAUUUAUUUAAGUUGCUGAUAUUGAUUCCAUAUUUCAAAAUCCUGACAGCAGUGGCGUGUACCACAAGACAACAGUGAAUGUCUGUUUUGACGCAUUGUAUACCGCACACUUUUGUAAAGCUAGCAACAUUUCCAUGACUUGUAAUAAACUAGUUUUGCUUGUUAA